AUGGCCUCCCGUCCGACCGUCACCAUCAUCGGCGCCGAUGGCGCUGCCACCGGCAACACCCACGCCAUCCCGGCUGUCUUCUUGAGCCCUAUCCGCCCGGAUAUCGUCCAGCAGGUUCACACCGGCAUGGCCAAGAACAAGCGCCAGCCGUACGCCGUCAGCGAGAAGGCUGGUCACCAGACCUCUGCCGAGUCUUGGGGAACUGGUCGUGCUGUUGCCCGUAUCCCCCGUGUUUCUGGUGGUGGUACCCACCGUGCUGGUCAGGCUGCUUUCGGUAACAUGUGCCGUUCCGGUCGCAUGUUCGCUCCCACCAAGGUCUGGCGCAAGUGGCACAUCAAGAUCAACCAGGGCCAGAAGCGCUUCGCUACUGCCUCUGCUGUUGCUGCCUCCGCCGUCACCCCCCUCCUGAUGGCCCGUGGCCACAAGAUCUCCAACGUCGCCGAGGUUCCCCUGGUCGUCGACUCUGCUGCUUUCAGCAACGCUGCCUACGCCAAAACCUCUGCUGCCAUUGGCCUGCUCAAGGCUGUUGGCGCCGGUGCCGAGCUCGAGAAGGUCAAGAAGUCUCGCAAGGUCCGUGCCGGUAAGGGCAAGCUCCGUGGCCGUCGUUACCGCCAGCGCCGCGGUCCCCUCGUCAUUUACGACCCCGAGGUCGAUGGCAAGGAGCUCGUCACUGGUUUCCGCAACAUCCCCGGCGUUGAGACCUGCUCCGUCUACUCCCUCAACCUCCUGCAGCUCGCCCCCGGUGGCCACCUGGGCCGCUUCAUCGUCUGGACCUCUGGUGCUUUCAAGGCCCUCGACACUGUCUACGGCACCACCACCAAGCCCUCGACGCUCAAGAAGGACUUCCUCCUGCCGUCCAACCUUGUCUCCCAGGCCGACCUUGGCCGUCUCAUCAACUCCUCUGAAAUCCAGAGCGUUCUGCGCGCGCCCAAGGGCGAGGCCCGCACCAAGCGCGGCGCCGUCCAGAAGAAGAACCCCCUGCGCAACAAGCAGGUUCUUCUGCGCCUCAACCCCUACGCUGCCACCUUCAACAAGGAGAAGAUUGGCCAGCAGAAGAUCAACAACGAGAAGCCCAAGGACGUUCCUCAGCCGUGGAAGGAGCUGCUGCACGAGGUCUAA